CGAAGAAGUUCAUUAGAUUCGCGUGCUUACGUUUUUUUCUUGAGGGGGUCCGUUAUUGAGCAGUUGCAUAGGACGCAGCGGUGCGUGCUCUAUCGCUCGCCAUAACCAUAUUGACAUCGUACUUGGCACAUCCACGAAUCUUCACAAGAUGCAGGAGCUUCAGUGUGUCGCACAAACCUACGCAUGGGGCAAAUCCGGGCUCGAGAGCUCCGUCGCGCAGCUCAAGGAGGCUGCAGACGAGUCUUUCAAGGCGGACGCUGCCACUCCAUACGCGGAGCUCUGGAUGGGAACUCACCCCAAUGGUCCGUCCAAAGUGCUACGUGAAGAGAACAAAGACGCGCUGCUUUUGAGUGACUGGAUUCGAAUGCUUCGAGCCAACGAGACGGGAGACCUUCCGUAUUUGUUCAAAGUGCUAUCUGUGCGCAAGGCGCUGUCUAUUCAGGCCCACCCGGACAUCAAAUUGGCUCGUGAGCUGCACGAAAAGUUCCCUGAAAUUUACAAGGACGCGAAUCACAAGCCAGAGAUGACCAUCGCAUUAACUCGCUUUGAGGCGCUGUGCCAGUUCCGCGAGAUCAACGAGAUCGCCGCUCACUUGCAUGCCGUUCCUGAACUAUGUGCGCUUGUCGAUGCCGAGGUUUCUCAGCGGUUGAUGACACAGCAGGAUGAAGCAGCUCUGCGAGAAUUCUUCCGCUGCUUCGUGUACGCUGAAUCGUCCAUUAUUGUGGCACAGUUGCGUUCACUUCGUGCUCGUCUCGAGAGUUCAUCAAGUUUGAGCGCCUUGGAGAAGCUCGUGCUGCGUCUAGACAACGAAUAUCCCGGCGAUAUUGGCUGCUUCUGUCCGUUCUUGCUCAACUACAUCACACUGGAGCCCGGCGAGGCAAUGUUCCUGGGCGCCAACGAGCCUCACGCCUAUCUGUUCGGCGACUGCGUCGAGUGUAUGGCAUGUUCCGAUAAUGUCGUUCGCGCUGGCCUUACCCCUAAGUUUAUCGACAAGGAGACGCUGCAUUCAAUGCUAACCUACUACACGGGCAAGCCACGUGUGUACAAGGGUGAUGUUCAGAGUGACGGUGUUACGCGGUUGUACAGCUCUCCAGUGCCGGAGUUCGAGGUCGAAGCCGUCGAGUUGAAACCCCGUCAGCGAUAUGCGCUACCAGCGCGAAAAGGAGACUCCAUUGUGCUUGUCAUUUCGGGCGGCGGGUCGACGGUUGAGCCUUCAGGCAAUGCUGACGGUCGAAAGAUGUCCAAGGGCAAAGUGUAUUUCUUACCCAAGGGUGAGAUUCUCGAAAUUCAGGGCGGCGAGGACGGGAUUUUAGCCUUCCGAGCGUCUCCCAACGAGAGUUUGAUCUCUCAAAAGGCUUAGAUUGUGGCGUAUCGGAGCGUACUGAACGAAGGUACAAGGAAAUGUCUUACAUGUUAUACAGCAAGCCGAAGGAAAUAAUACCAGUCCUAGCUUGCAUCAUGACAAUAUGCUGCUUGACGUGGGUGUAGAUCGUCUCGAGUCAGCAUCAGACUCUGUGCCACAUUCCGCAUGACCCAUUUCACCUCAGCAGGACCUUCAAGCUUCGGUACACGAGCAAAGCCACUGCUAUCGUCUCCUGCAUCAGAUUCCUCUUCUUGCUGGUCCUCUCCUUCACUCACGAACUCAUCGUCUACAUACUCAAUAACUUCAGCGUCGGGGUCUUCAAAGUCGUCGCUGUACUGCGUCCCGCUCUGAUCAAAGAAAUCGGACGAGUCAUCGCUGUAAAAAUUCUCCUCGGCUUCGUAUUCACUGGAGGAGGUGUCAGCAGAAGCGCCGUCGUCGUCGCUGUCUGCGUCUAACUCCAGCUCACGCAUCAUGGAGCUUUCACUGAGUGACGGAGCUCCUGUGUCUUCUGAGCCCACAUCUUCCAGUGACAAAGUCGAUAGUUCAAGAACGUCCCCACUGUCUUCCAAGUCCGCUACUCUUGGUGUUGAAUUCGUCCUGGAACGCCCGCCUCCGCUUGCAGGUUGCCGUACUACUCGGCCAUUCUUGGUGUCCUUAGACCCGUAGUAAAUCUGCAAGCUGUCGAGGCACUCCUCGCUGUAUUCACUCUGGAAAUUUGGGUUCAUCAGCUCUUCAGCCUCCGCAUGGAAGCGUGAGUCGUCGUCAUCGUCUUCAUCUAUACUUAAGUGAAUACCAUUUAUCUGUGCGUUGUCAGU